UUGAGACACCGUGGCUGCCUAUCAACAACAGCUGAGUAUAUCUGCAGCGCAAAUCGAUUUCUCUUAUGAAAUUGUUUUGAAAAUUGAUUCCAAAUUCUGAUUUUGGAAUUCUCUGUGUAAUGUUUUCGUAAAAAUAAGAUUCAAAUAGUCCUUCGUAAAAAUGUUCUCUAUAAAGACACCACGCAUACAGCAGAAAGAUCUACAAUGUCUCAAUGGUUGUGGUUUCUACGGAAAUGCACAGUGGAAUGGGCUGUGCUCGAAAUGUUAUCGCGAGCGCACGAUAAAGGAACGCCACAUUAAACAAUUCCGCCCAAUGAAAUUUAUUGAUCGCACAUCUAGUCGGAAACAAGACACUUCAUCAGCAAAACAACCAGCAGAACAUUACUCUAAAAUGACUCAUGGCCAGAUGCUCAAACCCGGGGCGGCUCCAAAAGAGGAGGAUAAAAAGAAAAAAAGAAACCUGAUGGAUUUGCUAAAAAAGACAACUCCUUCGAAGGAAGCAAUCAAAUCGUCUCGUCACCAUAAUCGACAACCAAUGGACAAAUUGGAACAAGAGUACCAGGAAGCGCUGAAGUCAUUGAAAAUCGAAGAAGCAGCCAAACGCGAAUUGAAAUAUUUUAUUGAAAUGCUAGACCAAAAAAUACGUAAAAAGCACAACGAAUGUAGUAUAGAGGAAAUCUCCGAAUUUGUUCAAAACGGUUAUACAAAGUUUCAAGAAUAUAUGAACGUCGAAAAUUCCAAAUUCGCAAACGUACCUCAGGAAACCAAAGAGCAAACACUGGAUUUUUUUGAAAAAUGCAUCAUGACAAUGAACCAUAACCGGCUGUUCUCUCCACCAAGUACAAACGACGAGGAGAAGGAUUCCCAAAUUCAGAAGCGCAUCCGACAGCUGAAUUGGAUCAAUGCCAAGCACUUGGUUUGCAGUAUUGAUGAGGUCAAUUCGGAGGUACGCGAUCUCGUCUAUACAGCCAUUACGGAGUUGGUUUCAAUGGAUUCUUUCCAAUCCCCUCAGGAGAAACUAGAAUGUAUCAUUCGAUGCUGUCGGAACAUUUUUAGUUUGUUGAAACAAUCUGUCGGAGGACCCGCAAGUGCCGAUGAAUUUUUGCCUGCUUUGAUAUUUGUUGUACUCAAGGCCAAUCCCGUUCGGUUGCACAGCAAUAUCAAUUAUAUCACGCGGUUCAGUUACGCUACACGAUUGAUGAGUGGUGAGGGUGGAUAUUAUUUUACGAACCUUUGCUGUGCAAUUUCCUUCAUCGAAAAUUUAACCUCGGAAUCGCUAUCUAUGUCGGCCGAUGAAUUCAAUGGACUUAUGGCCGGUGAGAAAACCGGACCGUCGGCAUGGGAAAGUGCUCUGAUGGCCUGUGAAAGUUUGCACCUCAUAUCGGAAAACUUGAAAACAAUGAAAAAUCUAGAGACUCGUAACGAUGAAUUUUCUAAGAAUGUGACGCUUUUGGAUCAGGACAUAGAGAACUUUAAUAAGGAAAUAAGUCGAAAGGUCGCAGACGUACUCGAGCGAACUCCACUAGUACUCAAACCAAUUCGCACACCACGCCGUUUGGAGCAGCGCAAUACACACUCAACUCCCGCUAGCAGUAGUGAGCCAUCUAUCGACAUGGGCCAUUUCCAGUCGAAUCUAGUGGCCGCUAUUAAAGGUGGCGAUGUCGAAUGCGGAGAUUCUAAAUCUAAAGCACCCGCAGAUUUAAACUCGGGUACGCAAACCAAUUUUGACGAUCUAGUUAAGAACCUUUCGGAUGCUUUAGCGGUUCCAUUGGUUUCUGUUGAAUGUGAGAAAGAUCCUCCAUUGGUCCCCUCUCCAUUUUCUGGAAUGAGCACCAGCAAUUCGGCUGACUUGUUGUCCGCAUCACCCGUAUUUGACUACAACAAAGUAUUCGACACUCAAUCAUUGGAUGAAAUCGCCACACCGGACGAUGUAGCAGUCAAUUUUAUCCGAGGUAUCAGAAACAUUAACUAUGAUUUCGAUUUUUCGGAUCACAGUGGAGAAAAUAGCGUUGCCGAGGAUGUUGGAAUAAAUCCUACCGCAAUAGCGAAAUCGCAAAUGAGCACCUAUGAUUUGGAGGAAUUUGAUCCUCUGAUUACCAAAGAACGUGAAGAAAAACUUGCACCACUUCCGCUACGGCCUCCCAGCGUUGCCAGUGGUGCAAAUCUGCUGGACGAAGAUUCACCUCGUGCUCUGUUACUCGAAUCCCCACUCAAACCGACUGUUGCCGAAUACCAAGGUUUCUCACUACAAGGGUGCAAUAUUCCUACAAUUACUUGCGCUGCCGGUGAUAUGAGUGCGUCCUGCUCGUCCGGGACGAAAGGGCAACCGCAAAAGUCGCUACCGAGCACAUCGAGCGGUGGCAGUUUACUUUGAACUCGCGGUGAAUUUGGAUAGGUGCUGCAUGUAUUGUAUAUUCCUGAAUGUAUAUAUUCAAAUUGUAAUAAUGAACAUUAUAUUGUCAAGAAAA